AUGGACCGGUCGCCCUGUAUUGCCGCCAUUGGUGUUAUAGGCCGCAAUAACAACCCGCUCCACAUCUCACUGUUCCCAGCUGUCGACCAGGAACGAGACCUCCUGGAGUACAGCAUGUUGCUCAACUCGACACUCGACAUAUUCGAAUCACGGAGUGCAAGCUCGGGCCCACUCUCAGUAGACUUUGGACUUUUACAUGCUUUGGAUGAUCGUAUAGCUUUGUACGGCUGGCUCCUUAACACCGGCAUCAAACUGGUGAUUGCGGUAGACAUGCUUGGACGGACUGCUCCGAAUGCUGAAGCUGCGAGGACUGCCGUGCUCGGRCUGAGGAAUAGUGACUUACAGCCGGCCUUUCACGCUCUACAAACGGCAUAUAUCCGUUUGCUGCGAAACCCUUUCUACACACCAGAUGAGCAUGAUCCAAAGCUCUCUACUAAAGUGGGAGAUUUGAGCAUUGAGAGCCCGCGCUUCAUAAAAGAAGUCGAGAGAGUUGGCAGAAUGUGGGCACCAGGCUCAGUGGCCUCGUGA